CCCCGUCUCGCUACAAAUCAUCAGCAACUCUCGUCUCUGUCGCUUGUUCCAGCUCGUCAACCGCUACUAAUUGAUUUGAAAAGGCAGAAAUAACUUAAUUGUUUUGCUAUGGCGAGUGUUUGCACUUUGCGAGUGCGGCAGAUACCGAGUCAGGCCCAGAUCAGUCUCCGUCGUCAUGUCUCGAGCGUCAGACUUCGCCCCUCGCAACUAGUUCGCGCAUGGCUGCCACCGCAUACCUCUCUAAUCUCUGAAAGUGCUGGUCUUCUCACCGAAAGAAGACUUAUAAAUUCACAGAACGUGUACAGUGGCUCUAGAUCACUCCGGCAUUUCUCCAUUCUAUCCUACAGAGCCAGCGAGCAACUACCACCUCGAAGGUUCUCUGGCGACGAGCGAUUCACAGAAGAAGAUCUGAAAGAAGCGAUACUUUCCUCGCACACAUUGCACGGAAAGUCGUUUUUAUCAAAGUGGCUGUCUACCCUACUGAUUGCUGGCACAUCGGUGGUGGUGGCGGGCUAUUUUACUUAUCGAAUACAUUAUCGCGAUCAGGCAGUGUUCCUCCCUUUAUGGGCGAAGCCUUACGUCUUUGAGGAAGUCCUGUCUCCCGAGCAGAUACAGACACUGAGAAACUUGACCGAAGAUGCCCUCCUCGGCGCCUUGGCAUACAAAGAAUCAGUAGGUGCAAUGCUAGGACUACCAAUAAUCAUCGAAAAGAUGGAGGACGUCAAAUUCUCGUUUCCACCAGACAGACCAAAAGAACACGUCAUUGUGGGAGUUGAGUUUUACCGUGAAAAAUCGGACCAGAUUUUCCCAAGAAUACGAUCAAGUGUUCGAAUCCUUUCAAUCGAAGAUGCCUAUUCAAGGCUUGUGACGCCGUUCGCCAAUGCAGUCGGACUUGAUGGUGGAAGCGAUAACGAAAGAGAGCCUACAUCUGCAGUUCACGAGCUUCUUGAUGGACUGGAAAAGUGGAAAAAUCGAGUGUGGGUAGACGUGAACGGAACAGCAGUGGUUCAUGGCUCUUUCGUGAGAAAUCAAAACAAAAGCGAUGGAGAGGAGGAUAGUCAAAAGCACUAUUGUGUCGUCAAAUUCAAAGGCUUCCUCGAUCUCGAGCGUAUGAACGUGGUAACUAUACAGAGCGGCGAGCUGAUAGCAUACGAAGAUGGAAAAGAGUCAAGACGAUUAGAAUGGUGAGCAUUUUGGUAUAUAUCCCAACCUCUUUGGGCUCGCUAGCUAUCUUACAUUUUGUACAUAAUUCCUAAAUUA